AUGUCUUCUACCAUCGCAGAAUCCGUUUCGGCCACAACCACUGGAAACCUCGCCAUAACCACGCCUUUCGUGCAGCCGCCAGACUGUUCGAACCAAUGGACUACGACAAAAACGUCGCACCGGUCUCUUGUUUCAAUCUCCGGCAGCGAAGUAUACCGCGACGUCAUAUCGAAGGUUUCUGUCUCUGCUCCCUCAUCAUCAUGCUAUCCCUCUGGAUGGGACCGCGUCGCAGAGUACAGCCGGCUCAACUUUAGCCCGGGCGUGUGCCCUGAAGGAUGGACGUAUUAUAGCAUGGCACACACAUACAACGAAGGCCCUACAUCAGCUUACUGCUGCAAUAGGUUGGCUUGCACCAUUUUCUUCAUCACUGCAAAUCUUGCUUGUCGUAUCUAUGACUUGACCGCUGACUAG